UCUGACUGCACCUCUCGAACUUUGAGGACCGACUCCAGCCACGGCACGACUCGGAAGGGUUAUACUUGUCCUUCAUCAACAAGUUGCAUCUCUGUCUCCUCAGGCGCCUCUGAGAGGCUAGCUGGCUGCCCUCAUCCAGCUUCGGCCAGGAUCACUCUCCCCGAGAUUAUAUCACAAGCAGUGUAUUGAAACUUCUCCUCAGAUCUGAGACCCUCGCGACUCUUCAGUUCCACCACCGUCAUCAUGGACCGGAAGGGUCGAGAAUAUACGCCCGUGAUGGGUGAGGACUAUCCAAACGAGUCGCAGCCCCUAAAAAAUCCCAGAUACAGCGACUGCUCUGAGAUCGACCUCGAAAACUCGUUGCCGCCCCAUGACUCGUCCAGAGCCCCUCCCACGGCAUUCUCAUGGAAGUUUGUUUCUGUUGCCGUUGUCUUGGCCCUGUCAUUCAACAUCGCUAGUGGUUGCUUAGGCUUCUACUAUGGCAAGCGGGACCUUGAUGCUGUUUGCGCCUCAUACACGACGCAAUACUCUCCUGUCCUCAAGGAAGUAGGGAUCAAAUAUGACUUUGUCAACUACAAUGGCUCAUUUCUGGCGGAGACCAUCUAUAGGCAGAGGGCCUCCCCAGCAGUUGACGACGCCUGGGAAGCACUCGGGGUCAACUCUCGCGCUGGUGUUAUCUCCAAAGAGGAGGGUCUGAAAAGCGGGUUGACUGAUGCUCAUGUGCAACGGGCGGAUAAGUACGGCGGUGGCUUCUUUGUGAACGUUGAAGGCAUGCACCACUUGCACUGUCUGAACUUGGUUCGCCAGGGCCUGUAUUACAACUACGACUAUUACAAGAGGCUGGGGACUGGUGCUUUCGUUAACGAAGACAUGAUCGUCGAGAAGCACAUCUCACAUUGUCUCGACACGAUCCGUCAGACGUUGAUGUGUAAUCCUGACACUGGAGUCCUCGGUCAGGUUUGGUAUGAUCAGGAAAGUCCCUCGGCUUUCCCAGACUUCAACACGAAGCAUAAGUGCAAGAACUUUGACGACAUAAGCAGAUGGGCUGUUGAGAACCAGGAACCAGUCCCGGAUUCGCUGCCAGACGACUACAUGAAGGAACCAAGACCAGAAUACGUGGGAGAGAAUACUCCAUAA